AUGGCGACACACGCCAACCAGACCAUCCUGGACGAGAAGGCCUACAGCAAGCAUGAGGAGUUUGUGGAGGCCUUGCCCAACGAGGCGAAUGUCUUGACCCCUGAAGAACUCGAGACUGAGAAGAAGUUGCGUCGCAAGAUUGAUUUUCUGAUCAUGCCUUUGGUUAUUCUGGUGUACUUGAUGAACUACAUCGAUCGCAACAACUACGCAGCCGCUCGUCUACAAGGCCUCGAGAAAGAUCUUGGACUCCGCGGCGACCAAUAUCAAGUUGGCCUUUCGCUCUUCUUCGUCUCCUACAUUCUGAUGCAGCUGCCGAGUAAUUUAAUGUUGAAUUACUGCGGUAAGCCUUCUUGGUACCUUGGUUUCUUCAUCAUAGCUUGGGGCCUGGUCUCAGCCGUGACCAGCCAGGUCCACAACUACACUGGCAUCCUUAUCUGUCGUUUAAUUCUCGGUGUUACUGAAGCGCCCUUCUUUCCUGGUAUCCUCUUCUAUCUCUCGAAGUGGUACACCAAGAAAGAACUGAAUCUGAGAAUGUCCCUGUUCUACGCCGGUUCGUUGCUGAGCGGUGCCUUCGGCAGUUUGAUCGCUGCUGGUAUCCUCAGAGGACUCAAAGGAAAGGCCGGAAUGGACGCCUGGCAAUGGUUGUACAUCAUCGAAGGUGUUAUCACCAUUGGCGUAGGCAUAAUUGUCGUCUUCCUCUUGCCUGACUUCCCUGAGACCUGGAAAGCUUUGUCUCCCGAGAUGAGGCACGUCGCCAUAAAACGUCUCUCGCUCGAUGCUGUCGAAGCCGACAAGGACGAGGAGGGCGCCAUGUCGCAGUUGAAGGGUCUGAAGAUGGCAUUCGUGGAUCCUAAGACUUACAUGCUUGCCAUGAUGUACUUCUGCAUCACUGGUGCCGCGGGCUACCAAUACUUCUUCCCAACGCUCACAAGAUCUUUGGGCUACAACAACUUCAUCUCCCNNCUGCUGUUGGUGGCGCCGCCAUACAUCUUCAUGGUUUUCUGGUCGCUGUUCCACUCAUGGAUGUCGGACAAGAGAUCCAACCGCUUCUGGUUCUUCAUCUACCCAAUUCCUAUUGCGAUCAUUGGCAUGGUCAUUUUCAUGACCACCAAGGGUUUCGGCCCUCGCUAUCUCUCUUUCUUCUUGAUGAUGUUCGUAUUCACCAUCAACGGAACACAGUUCGCCUGGAUCUCAAGCUCGAUUCCAAGACCACCUGCCAAGCGCGCUGCCGCUUUAGCUAUCAUGAACGCUCUGGGAAACUCAACCUCGAUCUGGACCUCGUUCACCUACCGUGAGGGCGACAAGCCUUACUACCGUCCUGGACUCGGCAUUGCAGCCGGGUUGCUUGUCGCUGCAUUUUUCAUCGCUUGCGCCCUGCGCUGGUACUUGCAGAGACAGAACAAGGCACUCGAGGAGUUGGAGAAUGAGGGCGCGAACCUAUCACCAGAGCGCUUGAGAAUGUUGAUGAAGAGAGCAGAGGUCCUUGACCUGUCCAUGAUGCAGAAGGGCUUCCGUUACCUAGUUUGA